CCAAUAAAACUUUUUUUUCUUUCUUCUUCUUUCUCUUGGUGCUAGAGUGCCCAACAAUCAAUACCCUAACUCAAUAAUAGAAAUCUAACAGGAAAAGCCGAGAAGUAUAAAACUUUUAGAUUUUUUGCACCCUUUUUAUCCACCGUUGAUCAGUUCUUGAUUCCUGAUCUCAAUCUUGUUAUUCUAUAGGAGGAAAAAAAAUGGAAGUGGAAAACCAGUUGAGCACAUGGGAUGGCUAUGUAGAUUGGAAGAACAAGCCUGCCGUAAGAGGCAAACAUGGUGGCAUGCUUGCUGCUUCCUUUGUUUUGGUGGUGGAGGUGUUGGAGAAUUUAGCAUAUUUGGCUAAUGCCAGCAACUUGGUGCUAUACCUGACGGAGUUCAUGCAUUUCUCCCCCACAGAUUCUGCAAAUUCUGUCACAAAUUUUAUGGGCACGGCCUUUCUUCUUGCUCUUCUUGGUGGCUUUUUGUCUGAUGCUUUCUUCACUACUUAUCACAUCUAUCUGAUCAGUGCAGUAAUUGAAUUUCUGGGACUGGUCAUACUCACAGUGCAAGCACGCUCAGGCUCCUUAAAGCCACCAAAAUGUAACCCAGCCACCCCCAACAUACCAUGCCAACAAGUUCAUGGUGCAAAGGCUGCAAUGCUAUUUUUAGGGCUCUAUCUAGUGGCACUAGGCCUCGGAGGCAUUAAGGGGUCGUUACCUUCCCAUGGGGCUGAGCAGUUCGACGAGAACACCCCUCGGGGAAGAAAGCAAAGAUCAACUUUCUUCAACUAUUUUGUGUUCUGCCUCUCUUGUGGUGCUCUAUUUGCUGUGACCCUUGUGGUGUGGAUUGAAGACAACAAGGGAUGGGAAUGGGGGUUUGGAAUUUCCACAUUGACAAUAUUGUUGUCAAUUCCUAUCUUCUUUGGAGGUUCAACAUUUUACAGAAACAAAAUACCUAAUGGAAGCCCACUUACAACAAUAUUUAAGGUUCUGGUUGCUGCAAUGCUAAAUAGUUGCAUGGCAAGAAGUCCAAGCAAUGCAAUAGAAAGUAUGGCCACAAGCCCUUCCCCAACUCCACCCUCCAAACAAGAAGGGUCAAUAGAAAAUCAUGACAAGGUUGAAGAAACAUAUGAAUCUCCAUCUCGAAGUCUCAAGUUCCUCAACAGAGCAGUCGUAAACAUUCCAGCUUUCGAUGCAUUAAAAUGCUCGGUACAGCAAGUCGAAGAUGUCAAGAUUGUGAUCAGAAUCCUACCCAUCUUCAUUUGCACCUUCAUGCUCAAUUGCUGUCUUGCUCAACUCUCCACGUUCUCCGUCCAACAAGCUGCUACCAUGAAUACGAAACUGGGCUCGUUAAAAGUCCCGCCAGCUUCACUCCCGGUUUUCCCGGUAAUCUUCAUCAUGAUCCUGGCACCACUAUAUGAUCAUUUAAUAAUUCCAUUCGCACGAAGAGUAACAAAAAGUGAGACCGGCAUAACGCACUUGCAGCGCAUUGGAGUAGGUCUGGUUCUCUCCAUAGUAGCCAUGGCAGUAGCAGCCCUCGUUGAAAUCAAGCGCAAGAGAGUAGCUGCUAACUCGGGUUUACACGACUCCACCAAACCAUUGCCCAUUUCGUUUUUCUGGAUCGCGCUUCAAUACUUGUUUCUUGGAUCAGCUGAUCUAUUCACCCUAGCCGGCUUACUGGAAUUUUUCUUCACAGAGGCACCAGUUAGCAUGAGAUCUUUGGCCACCUCUCUCUCUUGGGCAUCAUUGGCCAUGGGAUAUUACCUUAGCACAGUAAUCGUGUCAAUAGUUAACAAUGUUACAGGUGACUCGAAGCACAAGCCAUGGCUUUCUGGUAGAAAUUUAAAUCACUAUCACCUGGAGAGAUUUUACUGGCUGAUGUGCGCCCUAAGCACUUUGAAUUUCUUGCACUAUCUCUUCUGGGCUGUAAGAUACAAGUAUAGAUCGAAAGGGUCUAACAAGUAAAAUUGGGCGGUAGAAAUGACCAUAUGAAGCUGCCGAAUGAUGCUAUUUCUGUCACUUCACCGGGAAUUCAUUGUGUUUGUGAAAUCCUUUCUGUAAAUAUGUCCAUUUGCUGUCUAGCAAAAGGGUACUAGAUCAGACUAGCAUAAAGCAGGACAUCACAGAAUUUAGUUAAGUUUUUGCUUUGCAAUAUCAUUUCGUCAUAUAAUCAGACAGAUAUCAAAUGAUCU